GCAGGCGCGGCGGCCGCGCAGGCGCGGGGCGGGCGGGCGCUGUCAGCGCUCGCUCCGGCCCGGCCAUGUCGUACGGGCCGCUGGACCCGCGCGGCCCCGGGGCGCCGCCGCCGCCCCGGGACUUCGGCGGCAUCAUCCAGACAUGCAGCGGCAACGUGCAGCGCAUUGCGCAGUACACUGCUCAAAUAAAGAAUUUGAUGAGCCAGCUGGGAACCAAGCAGGAUUCCAGCAAACUUCAGGAAAAUUUACAACAGCUGCAGCACUCUGCAAACCGCCUUGCCAAAGAGACCAAUGAAUACCUGAAGGAGUUGGGGUCUCUGCCACUUCCCCUGUCUGCCUCUGAACAGCGCCAACAGAGGCUUCAGAAAGAACGAUUAAUGAAUGACUUCUCCACGGCCUUAAAUAAUUUCCAGGCAGUCCAGAGGCGAGUGUCAGAGAAGGAAAAAGAGACUGUAGCAAGGGCAAGAGCUGGCUCCCGUAUUUCUGCUGAUGAGCGAUUCAGAGAAGAACAGCUUGUUUCAUUUGAUAGUGGUGAAGAUUGGAAUCAGAUGCAGUCUCAGGAAGAAGAUGUGGCAAUAACUGAACAAGACCUUGAACUCAUUAAAGAAAGAGAAACUGCAAUCAGGCAAUUAGAGGCAGACAUUUUGGAUGUCAAUCAGAUAUUUAAGGAUUUAGCCAUGAUGAUUCAUGACCAAGGAGAUAUGAUUGCAUUGAGGCAAAUGUGGAAAGUGCAGAAGUCCAUGUGGAAAGAGCCAGUGAGCAGUUACAGAGAGCUGCCUAUUAUCAGGGCGGGGAAGCCACCACCUGGAUUGCACCUGGAUGUAGUCAAAGGAGACAAACUCAUUGAGAAACUCAUCAUUGAUGAGAAGAAAUACUAUCUCUUUGGGAGAAAUCCUGAUCUGUGUGAUUUUACCAUUGACCACCAGUCUUGCUCUCGGGUCCAUGCUGCCUUGGUCUAUCACAAACAUCUCAAGAGGGUUUUCCUCAUAGAUCUGAACAGCACACAUGGCACGUUCCUGGGCCACAUCCGUUUGGAGGCUCACAAGCCGCAGCAGAUCCCCAUCGACUCCACGGUGUCCUUCGGAGCCUCCACCCGCGCCUACACCCUGCGGGAGAAGCCGCAGACGCUGCCCUCGGCAGUGAAGGGCGACGAGAAGAUGGGUGGUGAGGAUGAGGAGCUCAAGGGCUUGCUGGGGCUGCCAGAGGAGGAGACAGAGCUGGACAAUCUGACAGAGUUUAACACAGCCCACAACAAAAGGAUCUCCACGCUGACCAUUGAGGAGGGGAACUUGGACAUCCAGAGGCCAAAGCGAAAACGGAAGAACUCCAGAGUGACGUUCAGUGAUGACGAUGAGAUCAUCAACCCGGAGGACGUGGACCCGUCCGUGGGGCGAUUCCGGAACAUGGUGCAGACAGCAGUGGUCCCUGUGAAGAAGAAGCGCCUGGAGAACGCGGGCUCGCUGCCCACGGACGAGUCGGCGUCGCGGCGCAUGCAGAGCUUCCCCUACAGCGGAGGAUUGUACGGGGGGCUGCCCCCCACCCACAACGAGGCAGGGUCGCAGCCCCACAGCGUCCACGGCACCGCGCUCAUCGGGGGGCUGCCCAUGCCCUACCCCAACCUCGCCCCCGACGUGGACUUGACUCCAGUGGUGCCCUCCACAGUGAACAUGAACCCAGCUCCAAACCCCGCUGUCUUCAACCCCGAAGCUGUGAACGAACCCAAGAAGAAGAAAUACGCCAAGGAGGCCUGGCCGGGCAAGAAGCCAACCCCGUCCCUGCUGAUCUGAGCUGGGCUGAGGGAGGGUAGGAGUUCCCAACUCCAGACACUUUUCAUGUGCGGUAUCGUCUUUUUAAAAUUUCGGUGUCCUAACAGAUGUAAUACCAAGAUUGGAGGAGUGAAAUAUCCUUUAAAGAUCUGUCUUCAAAUGUUUUUAUAUGUCUGUUAAAAAAAAAAAAAUACAGCUCCCAUCUCCUUUUGAACCAAAACCCCUACAGCCUUUUCUUGGCCACCACUGUCCCAGAGGUCUUUUUGCUGAGAGUGGAUCCACGAGUCGAAGGGGCAGUCACACAAUUCAAUUGUCACUCAUGGCAUGACCCUGCAGGUCCGUGUAUUUCAGUGCUGAGCUCGCUGUGGUGACGCUGUUCCUGCUGGACACGCUCACAGCAGGGCAGCUCUGUCAAGAGGAAAUAUUUGUGGGGCCAAGCCUUGCAGAAUCCCACUGGAAGGAGUUGUAAAAUUUGCAGAAUAUAGGUCAGCUUUUAUUUUUUGUCAGCUUUUUAUUUUUUCAAAACCCCACCCAUGUGGGGCAUUCUCUUUUUUAUUAUUAUUAUUAUUUUUAGUUUGGCUACAGCUUGUUUUAAUUUCCACAUAAAACACUAGAUGAUCCCAGGAGUCAUGAGCUGAGGUGGAUAAGCAGCAGGUGGUUCCUUAGCUGGGUUGCAGUGCUGCAGAGUGGGGGCUGUGGGAUGCAAACAAUGGGAGAGCCCUGCAGGAUCAGGCACUGUGCACUGUGCCAUGGUGAACUCCCCUGGGUAACUCAGGGUGAAGUUAACACAGCCGAGUUUCUUUUAGACUUGGUGGCCCCUGGAACUUAAGUAGUUUCAUUUUAUUUGCAAAUGGAACUUUUUAAGUAUAUGAGAUUCAAAAAGACAAAAAGCUGGGAGGACUGGCACGCUCCCCACACAGAUAUUUUGGGUGCUGGGAACUGUAGGUGAGAAUUGAGUGCUACUGAGGGCCAGAAUGGGAAUUCUCAGUGGACUUGGGUUGUUGCUUAAGCCCUUUAGUCCCUUGGGUUUAGAUUUAAAAAUGGUUCACAUACUCAGACAUAUUGUGGCAGUACUUUACACAAGGUGAGGCCAGAGCUCUAUUACUCUUAAGUUCACUCUGGAUUUUUGUUCACACUCUAAUGCAGUUCAGCUACAAGUCACAUUCCUUUGCUGUUUGGGGGAUCCAGGAAAUGUGCACCGAAAUGAGAGCGUGUCCCUGGCAGUUCACUGUGUGCAGGGCUGCAGCUACCUGGGGAAGCAGUGCCAGGCUGCUGGGGCAGGGCUGUGUCCCAGUGAGCUGGGGAUGCUGGGGCAGGGCUUGUCCCAGUGAGCUGGGGAUGCUGGGGCAGGGCUGUGUCCCAGUGAGCUGGGGAUGCUGGGGCAGGGCUGUGUCCCAGUGAGCUGGGGAUGCUGGGGCAGGGCUGUGUCCCAGUGAGCUGGGGAUGCUGGGGCAAGGCUGUGUCCCAGUGAGCUGGGGAUGCUGGGGCAAGGCUGUGUCCCAGUGAGCUGGGGAUGCUGGAUGCACCAGACCCAUUUCAGACAGGUGCCCCAAAAUCUGUGUGGGUUUUGCUCCACAGUGAUUGCUUCUAUCAUGUCCUUGAGGUGCCAGCAGGCAGCUGCCCAGCUCACAAGAGCCAUGGCUUUAGAGACUGCUCUGUUCCCAUCACAUCCAGCUCAGACUAUUCCUUGUGUGGAUUCAGCACCUGCUCCAUGAUCCAGCUGUGCUGCUCUGUCUUUAAGUUGCCAUGAUGAUGCAGCAGGGUGUUUGUUCUGCUGCCCAGUGCUCCCACAAUGACUCAAAAUCUUCCUCUCUUUAGUCUGGCCUGUAGGAUUUUCAUUUCCCAGCCAGUUGCUUUCUGAAGGCAACUCUUUAGGGUAAGACUAGUCAGGACAAACAAAAGUUGAGCAGGUUUCCUUAUUUUCCUUUUUUUGUUUUUUUGUUUUGUUUUAUUUUGGGGGGAAGAGGGUUGGGUUUGGGGUUUUUUGGGAUUUUUUUUUGCAAGUGGCUCUUUGCAAGAUUUUUCUUGACAAGGGAAACUUCACUGCUCGUUGUUUUUUAAAGCUCUUCUCCUCCCAGACUCUGAACCAGCUCUUAUUAUUUCAGAGCUUAGGGGCCACAGCUGGCCAGGGGAGGACAGGAACAUCGAGGAGCUUUGUACAGACAUUUGUACACUUGUGUAAUAUGUAAUAGGCCUUUUCACACUUCUGUUGAGCUUUUUACCUGUAACCUUUACUAUGUUGUAAAUUAAAUGCAGAUUUUGCCAGGUU